GUUAGACAGCACUAUAUUGAGAGGUCAAGUAUCACCGAGUAUUCUGGAUUGUCCCAAACUGGUGUCUAACUAUUAAACGGAGAAAAUGCUGUUCCCCAUCUACUCAUUAAUUGGUAUCAUACUUCUCAAGGGAACAGAUUCUCAAACUAUUAGCAUUCAUAAUCAAGACUGUGGACCAACCUAUCGACUUCCAGAUAAUGAUGAUAUCAAAGUGGUCUGUGGGACCCAAGAUGUGCAGCUGUCAAUCUUUUUGUGCCCAAUUUACUAUGCUGGUUACAACGAGAGUCAUGUGGCUUUAAACAACCAAUAUGAUGACUCAAAGUGCCAUGGAACGGUGGAUGCAUCAAUUUCUCCUCCUGUUCUCAGGUUUUCAUUUCCCAUCAGUGAUGUUAACUCUACAUCUUGUGGAAACAAACUGACGAUCACCAGCGUUCAAGGAACGGGUGCUUUUAAAGACUUUUCAAACAUCCAAUAUGUCAAUAUCAGUGGUAUGAUAGAAACAAAUGACCCAGUAACAAAUAUCAUAACGUACAACCAGGAAUUGGUGUAUCUGUAUUCCUGCUCCUAUCCUUUGGAGUACUUCCUCAAUGAUACCAGGCUGGAUGUUGCAGGAGUAAGUAUAGCCAUCAAGGACAAUAACGGUACCUUCAGGAGCACCCUCACACUUCGGCUUUACAGUGACUCAGAUUAUACAAAUUCUUUGAUCAUCCCAGACACAGGACUCAUCUUGAAAACCAAGAUUUAUGUGGAAGUGAAAGCUGUCAAUUUAACCAAUAAGUUCAAUGUCCUUCUUGAUCGUUGCUAUGCUUCAACUUCACCAUUUCACUUAAAUUCUUCCCAAAGCUAUGACCUCUUCGUUGGAUGCAAUAAAGAACCACAGACCAACAUCGUGUCUAAUGGAAAGGACCAGUUUGCGAGGUUCUAUUUUGAAGCAUUCCGCUUCACUGAGCACCGAGACCUGGCUGUCUCUACUUUCUAUCUACAUUGCAUUACACGUCUCUGUGCACAGGCUGCUUGCAGUGGAUUUAACAAAUGUUCCAGGAGAAAAAGAGAAGCACCAAUCGCACUCACUACUCCAGUUCCAGAUGAAUUGUCCAACCCUUCAGUAAUUAGCUCCAAGCCUGUCUUGACCAAGAAUGAUAAUGUGGUGAACACAAAUGAUGAUUCAGCAUCAGCUAUAGCUGCUCAACAGGCCUUAAGUGUGUACACCGGUCUGGGAGUUGGAUUGGGAAUCUUAGCUGUAACCUGCAUUGUAAUGAUUGCAACAGGUAUACUACUGUAUCGAAGAUUCCAGAAAAAAAGCACCUUAAAAUAAGCUGGGAAGCAUGUAAAAAAGAUUUAAAAAUAAACAAGUUACCCUUCACUGAAGACUUUGUGCGCCAUUCAGGCUUCCAUUAGAGCUUUCUAGAUGUGAUGACUCCUAUUUUAACCAACAGCAGUAUGUGCCAUAUUUUGUAGUGUAUAUCAAUAUAUUUCAAUGCUACUAGGAAAGGUAAACUUAACUUUGAGUCAUUUUAACUGCACCUCUGCUGGGAUCAUAUACUGUGACACAAUGAAAAAGAUUAUAGGCAUACACCAUUCUCUAUGCAAUAAUUUCAUUUAAUUCCGAAAAAGGUAUAAAAUAUAAUGGCAGAUAAUAUUACCUAAAAAUUAAACUUUGUAAUUUAAAUAUUUUACUAAAAUAAGACUGGAAAAUCAGGUUGGUUAAAUUCUAAAAUAUAGUGUUGCUUAAUCAUAAUGAUGACUUCUCCAUUUACUGUUACUGAACACUGUGUUUUUGACAAAAUCUGCAAAUGGGAAGCAUUACAGAGUAAUAUUCUGAUGUAAAUGAGUAAAACUGAAAAAAAUAUUUACACACCACUUCAGCUUACAUUGUAUUAGAGUAGAAUGAAAAAUAAAAUGAGAGCUGCUCUGAUAAUUUAGUGUGUAUGCAGCUUGGUUUGGUAUUG